CCUUCUUUUUCGCUCGAUACGGCGCCUUGGCCUUGACGAGAACACAGCGGGCAUAUCUCCGAAGCAGCAGCAACAAAAGCAGCAGCAGCAGAGCCAGACGCAUCAGAAGCACCAAAGCAUCAGAAGCAUCAGAAGCAUCAGAAGCACGAAGCAGCAACCUUUGCCUUGUCUCGUGGUUCCCUGUUACCCCUCCUCCACUUGCACAUCAUCUUCUCCCAGUCUUCACCAUGAUCAACCGCGUUGGACUGCAGUGCGCCAGAGCCUCGGCCCGUUUCACGGCCGUCUCGCCCGCUGCCUUUUAUGCCCCUCGCCAUGUCGCUGCCACUUUCCACUCUGCUCGCGUGAACCUCUUUGAAAAGUCCAGUGCCUCCAACAGCGCUGCCACCGAGAUCGAGCACAAGUCGCGCAUCAGCGGCUCCUACCACUGGAACUUUGAGCGUGCCCUCUCGAUCGUCUCGGUUCCCCUCCUCGGUGCUGCCGCCGUCGUUGGCCCCAACGCCCUCAUCGAUUUCGCCCUCGGUGUCGUCAUCCCCCUCCACAUCCACCUUGGCCUGGACUCGGUCAUCGUCGACUAUCUCCCCGCUCGCCGCACCAAGGUCCUCAACAUCCUGGCCACUUGGGGUCUGCGUAUCGGCACCGGUCUGGCUCUCUAUGGAUGCUACCAGUUCAACACCAACGACGUCGGCCUGACUGCCUUUGUCAAGCGCCUCUGGACCGGAAAGCUCUAAGCCCGUCGCAAUAAAGUCGACGACCACUCUCUUUCUUUUGGCAUCGAACCGGAUGAUCUCGCAACGAGUGGACAGAUGGUUCUGGCGAGCGCUUUUGGCCCCGAUGAGAUGCAUCCGUCGCUCGAUCACAUCGAUGGACUCUGCCAAACGACUGUCGGUGCCGUUGCUCGCGGCUUUGCUCGAGCAUGUGAAAGUCGAGCGCACACAGGCAGCCGCAUUCACUUGACAGGCUUUGGCUAUCCCACUCGAGGCCGCCGAUGAUCUCCCGAUGGCUGCGAGUGACCUGGAGGCAGAGCUCGAUCGAGAUGGAUCUGUUGUGCACUUGCGCUGUUUUUGUCCGGGCGGCAGUUGGGCCAAUCUCCGGCUGAUUGAGGGCCGAGUCUCGAAUUCCGUCGCUUGUGUCGUUUCUGUCGCUGUUGUCGCUUCUGCUGGUUCUGCUGCAUUGUCUCGGGCCGCGCCUUUGUUCAAGAAUUCGACCUGCGUCCCUG